ACCGUAAACCCUCUCCGGUGGGGUCGCCGAUCGGGAAACGUACCAUUUUUUUUUCACAGAAAUGAAGGGACGAAUUUCGAAUUAUGUGUUGAGGAAGUACGCCGAUUAUUUCUACACAAAGUGGGAAAAAAAUAUCCUCUGGAACCAGAUCGAUCCCUACAGGCGACCAAAGUCAUUCACCCCACUCGUCUCCAUCUAUAUUGCCGCCUUCUACACUGGUGUCAUUGGUGCUGCUAUCACUGAGCAACUUUACAAGGAAAAGUACUGGGAAGAUCACCCGGGGGAAGAAGUGCCUCUGAUGAUGCCAUCGUUCUAUAGGGGACCUUGGAGAGUAGUAAGGGGAGAUGCCCUCCGGCCUCCCAGUCAGUCAAAUCCAUAAGCAACCCUGCUGGAGACCUGUGUUGGAGUUUCUUCCAUCUUCUCAAUUUUUUUUAUAUAUUUUUUUUUUUUGGGUAUCUAUGUAUGUUUAGAGUUUGAUGAUUUGCAAAUGGAGAACAUCUCCUUGGCUUAGAAAUAAUUAGAGCAGGGCCUUGAUAUGGUCACACUUAUUUG